AUGCGACCUGUUGUCGCUGCUUCCACGUCUGCUGGUACUGAUCAGAGACAACGUGGCAGUGCUGCCGCUCCUGCUCCGGCACCGCCUCAGCCAUCGUCCGCAGAUGUGCACCACAGUUCGGUAGGUGGACCAUCCUGAAGAAAAGACGCAGAGAGAAGGAGGGGGAGAAAGAGCGAGUGAUAGGAUCAUCGAGUGAUUAUUGAUUUGAUGGAUAAGUUUUGAGAUUUCUCGAAGUGAAAUUUUGGUUUUUUUAAUUUAAUAGUGUCGAAGAUCAGGUGAUUGUUUGAAACGUCAAGUUAGUCUGGCAGUAAAAAGUUUUUAAAUUAUUCACGCAUCGAACUAAAAUAGAUUUUUGCUAUUGAAAUUUACCAUUUCUCCCCGAACCUCUAAUAUCUGUUGCACACGUCAAUAGAAAAGUUCAUUGUUCCAAGUAUCAUAUAGACCGUUUCGAGACGAUUUGGAGCCAGUUAUCAGUGAAUGCUGAAAGCGAAAGUUUUCGAAAGAGUGGGAGACUACUGAUAAGGGAUGUUCACUAUGCAAAGAAUGAAAUCAUUAAUAGAACCUGGAGAAGAACGUAGGAAUUUAUCGAUUUCGAAAUGGUGAAUCAUUAGAUUAGAAGUCUUGGAUGAGUCAGCAUCAUCAGAUACUUUAAUAUCAAAAACCCGUUCACAGAACUUCCAGGACAUCCGAGUGGGCCGUCAUCGGGCAAAACUCGACGAGAUCCGUGCUUCCCUGAAAGCGUACGAGCACGAGGCAGGACCUUCUUCGAAUCACCACGCGGCCCUCGGUUCGCAGGCGCUCACGCCUUCCUCCUCGAUCAGCGUCAGCCAUUCGGACAUCACAAAUGACAACGCGGAAGUGCCGUCUGCCACCUCGUCGUCGACCGUUUCGAAUGCCACUGCCGCAGUCGUUUCGCACUCGAAUUCUUUUCGCGUGAGUCAUUAUUUCUCUUCAAAAGGUCCCAUAUCAAUGAGAGAAUUGGGCUGAUGUCACAAUCAAACUUUGCGGUUUUCAGACGGAAGGAGGACCAAAGAUGCGAAUUGCUCCGAUGCCACAAAGGCAUUUGAUGGAUACGGGGACGGAGAUGGUGUACAGAACGGGCAAAGAGAUGCCGAGGAAUGGGAAUGUUGCCGAAGAGGCCAUUCGGAUACACCCAUCCGGGUACAGAUACGAAAUGCCAACUCCCACGUAUCACAUGAACAACAACGCGCCUCAGUACUCUCCCGGAUAUGUAAGACCUUCUUCCGCUUCUAAAUUCAUAAUAUCUCUUCUUUUCAGUCCCGACCUCCACCUCCGGCAUACGAUGCGCCUCCGAUGAACACGAGAAUGACUCCGGUCGCCGCGGACAACUACCGUACUCAUCUGCAUAUAAAAACACAACCGAUUCCGAAGCUCACGAAUACGACUCAUCUGCUGCAUCAUAAUAAGAAUAUGGCUCCGCCGCCGCCUGGAAAAUCCACAAUUUCCAUUGAGACCAUGUAAGUUUUCGAAUGAUUAUGAUGAAAUGGAACUGUUAUUCUUCAGGAGCGAAGAACGGAAAGCUGACAAUAUUCAGAGGUUGUAUCACACUUCGAUGGACAGAAAGACGGCGAGUAGUGUGGUUAGUAUCAACGUGGCAUCACCGCAUACGGUAACAAUCAGACGUUGUACUUGUCUACUCAAUUAAGAUUUUUUUUCAGACAAAAGUGAACGUUGGCGACAGUCCGAUACCCACAAAAUCAUUUAUAAUCGGUCCGAGGAUUCAUGCAAAUGACCUGGACCGAAAGACAUUUGUGAACUACACGGACGAACUGCGUCAGGAUCCGAGAAUGAUCCCCUCCACGUCGGAUGCGAAUCACGAAGACUUCCGACCGAUUCUCUUCAAACCGUCCAACCUCGAUAUCACUUUCAAAUCCCGUCCACAAGCGCCGCCCCCGCAGUACAGUCAACCAAGUGAACCGCCUCCGAAAAGAGUGAGCUCGCCGAUCGAUAAAGCGCUCCUGGAUCCGUACCUCAAGAAUAUGAGAAGAGUGCAGCCGUGCAAACCGAACAUGCUCCGAUUCUACAUGGAACAACACGUGGAACGCCUACUUCAGCAGUACAGAGAACGGGAAAAGCGGAUGAGACAGCUGGAGAAGGAGAUGAAUGCGGCACAGUUGCCGGACAUGAUGAGGGAGAAGAUGUUGGGCAUUCUGCAGCAGAAGGAAUCACGAUACACGAGACUGCGGAGACAGAAGAUGAGCAAGAACCACUUCAACGUCAUCUCGCACAUCGGAUUGGGAGCAUUCGGAAAAGUUUCACUGGUCAGGAAGAAGGAUACCGGAAAGGUGUAUGCGAUGAAAAGUUUGGAGAAGGCCGAUGUGAUUAUGAAGCAACAGGUCAAGAUAAUUAUCAAACAUUCUCUUAAUAAUUUUUCAAUUUCAGGCCGCCCAUGUGAAAGCAGAAAGAGAUAUUCUCGCGGAAGCGGACUCUCCGUGGAUCGUUCGUCUCUUCUUCUCCUUCCAAGACGAAUCGUGCCUCUAUUUCAUUAUGGAAUACGUGCCAGGAGGGGAUAUGAUGACGUUACUCAUUCAGAAAGGAAUAUUCGAAGAGUCGCUCGCAAGGUAACUCUUUUUUCGAAUCACAUUCAUCUCGUACGGUGUUCUGUUCAGAUUUUACAUUGCCGAGUUGACGUGUGCCAUCGAAUACGUGCAUUCCGUCGGAUUCAUCCAUCGAGAUAUCAAACCGGAUAACAUUCUCAUCGACCAACACGGCCACAUCAAACUGACCGAUUUCGGACUGUGCACAGGAUUACGGUGGACCCAUGACAGAAGAUUUUACGGUCCCGAAAACGAACAUCAACGUGUGGAUUCGUUUUCACUGCCUCCUGAAGUCGCUGCCAUCGACAAAAGCGUCAAAGUGCUGAAUGUCCGGCAGCAGACUCGACGCAAGUUUGCCCAUUCGGUCGUCGGCACCGGAAACUACAUGGCGCCAGAGGUAAUAACCCGUUCGGGACACACUCAAUCAUGCGACUGGUGGUCGACCGGCGUCAUUCUGUACGAGAUGGUGUUCGGGAGAGUUCCAUUCCACGCCGACAAGCCGGCCGAAACACAAUAUCGGAUUGUCAACUGGAGACAAUAUCUGGAUCUCUCCUACGGAACUCAUCUCUCCAAGGAAUGUCUAAUGAUGGUUCAGCAGCUCGUUUGCGAUGUCUCCACCAGACUGGGAUCCAGAGGAGGAGCCGCUCAGAUCAAACAACACCCGUGGUUCAAUGGAAUAGACUGGGAGAAUCUGCGCAAGUCGAGAGCCGAGUACAUUCCGAUGGUGACGCACGACGAGGACACCUCCAAUUUUGAUACCUUUCCGGUUAGUCCCAAAUCCACAUAGUUACCUUCUAAAGGAAUAUGUUUCAGGACAACGACCGAACCGACAAGCCGAACGUGCGCGGUCUGAACAAUCCGGCGUUUUACGAGUUCACCUACCGUCACUUCUUCGACACGGAUUCCGUCGGCUGCCCUUCUCUCCGUCCGGCACGUCGGAGGUCUCUGCGACCUCUUCUCGAGAACGGAAUCUUCGAUGAUUCAGUGUCGGAGGACGAUUCCUCCUCACACAUCUGA